AUGAUCCAGGAGAUCCACUUCAUGCACGAACGCUCUACAUCGCUGAUGUGGCAAUCCGCCAUCCAGACCACCGUUGCUGCUGUGUACGUGAUUUGUGCCUCGCCUAUUGCAGGUGCCAUUGGAGCUGCAAACUGGUACUACGUUGGCGCUGGUAUCUGUGCCGUGGUCUUUCUGCUCUCGCUCCCAUGGGUCCCAGAAAGCAGGUACAAUCGCACGUUGGAAUCAUACGGCCAAUUUUCUACCGACGAGGGAGGUGAAAGCAAUGGCUCCCGCGCUUCUGCACCGCCGCCAGUCAAGCUUGCGAACAGGCCUGCGCUCGACUUCGAAAAAUAUGCUCCGCGAACUUUCUGGUCUGAUGUGCGUAUCUUCGCUGAUAAAGCAGAUUGGCUGGAGGGCUGGUAUGGCUUCAUCCACACGUUUCAAAUCCUACUCUUUCCUAAUGUCUUCUGGGCAUUUUGUCUCAACGGGCUUACCAUUGGUACAAACAUCGCUAUCGGUACGACAUAUGGCAACAUCGUCACCAAGCCACCCUACAACUGGCCUGAUAGCUCCGCCUCCUACGUGAACGCUGGUCAGAUUAUUGUCGCUUUCGUCGCGCUCCCAGUGCUCGGUAAUGGCUCCGACUUCCUGAUCAAGUGGCGCGCUCGUCGCAAUGGCGGCCUGCACGAGCCUGAAAACAGACUUUUACUUCUCUGGAUACCUAUAACGAUUGGCGUGAUCGCAGCUGUUAUUUAUGGACAGGCAGGCGCGCACCCAAACAAGUAUCACUGGUUCGCCAUCGUCUUUGCCAAUGCAGGGUACUACUUUGCGUUUGUGGGGGCGAAUAUUGCGGCUAUUACGUACUUGCUUGACUCGUAUCCAGCUCGCGCAGGACCUGUGUUAGUGGUAAUCACAGCUUUCCGUGGUUUUGUGAGCUUUGGGGUUAGUUAUGGUGUCGCAAAGUUUAUUGAUGAUGCUGGGUAUGAUGGGUCGUUUGGGACGUAUGCAGGACUCACUGCGCUGUUUGGUUUGUUGGGCAUUGCUGUCUUUUUCUUUGGAAAGAGGAUUCGCGUGUUUACUGGAACGUACGCUAUGAAGCAACGCUCUGGUGUUCCAUCGAUGACGCAUUGA